UGCAACAGAUGCUUGAUGACACCAACUGCCAUGCUAAAUCGUUUAGGAAAGCUCGUGAUAGAUUAAGGCAAGGCAAUGUUGAGAACUUAAAGUUAAAGCUCAUAUCAGAUAGAACAACUGAUGGAAGGAUUUAUAAUCAACCUACUGUCUCCGAAGUAGCAGCUUUGAUAGUAGGUGAUGUUGACUCUGCAGCAAGAAGAGAUAUAAUUAUGGAGAGGCAAAGUGGUCGUUUAGAAAGAAUUGAUGAGUUCCAUCCAGCAUAUCUUGCAUAUCAAUAUCCGCUGUUGUUUUCUUAUGGUGAAGAUGGAUAUAGAGAUGAUGUUCUUCACCGAGGCAUCGUUGCAGGUAAACAAUCAAAGAUGGAUCGACUAACAAUAAGAGAAUGGUUAACAUUUAGACUUCAAUCAAGGAAAACAGAAGCUAUGACAAUAUUGUGUGCAAGGAGGUUAUUUCAGCAGUUUUUGGUAGAUUGUUUUACAAUGAUGGAGGCUGAUAGAUUGAAAUGGUUGAGGAAAAACCAGUCCAAGUUAAGAGUUGGGAAAUACAGAAGUUUGAGUAACAACCAAGGCAAUGUAGAUGGCCAGACUAAAAAGCAGGGUAAGAGAGUUGUAUUGCCGUCAAGUUAUGUUGGUGGUCGUAGGUAUAUGGAUCAACUUUAUUUUGAUGGUAUGGCCAUUUCAAGUGAUGUUGGAUUUCCCGAUUUAUUUAUCACUUUCACGUGCAAUCCAAGUUGGCCUGAAAUACAACGCUUUGUUGGUGCAAAGGGUUUGAAACCACACGACCGACCAGACAUCAUAGCAAGAGUUUUCAAAAUUAAGUUUGAUGAACUUCUCAAUGAUUUGACAAAAAAACAUAUCCUUGGCAAAGUAGUUGCAUAUAUGUACACAAUUGAGUUUCAAAAGAGAGGACUACCGCAUGCUCAUAUUCUUAUAUUCUUGCACCCUUCCAGUAAGUAUCCUACACCAGAUCACAUUAAUCAGAUAAUUUCUGCUGAGAUACCACACCCUGAGAAUGAUAGAGAACUGUACAAAUUAGUUGGCACUCAUAUGAUGCAUGAACCAUGUGGUUUAGCAAAACCAUCAUCCCCUUGCAUGAAAAAAAAAGAUAAAUGUUCCAAGUUUUUCCCGAAAAAGUUUCAGGCAACCACAGUUGUUGAUCAUGAAGGUUAUCCUGUGUACAGAAGAAGGGAUAAUGGUAGGCAAAUUAUUAAAAAUGGAAUCAGCUUGGAUAACAGAUAUGUUGUGCCACACAAUCCAUAUUUAUUGAUGAAAUAUCAAGCUCAUAUAAAUAUGGAAUGGUGUAAUCAAUCAAGUUCAAUCAAAUACUUAUUCAAAUAUAUUAACAAAGGAUAUGAUAGAAUCACUGCUGCAGUCGUUUCCGAUGACUCAAGUCAAUCCAAUGUAAAUGACAAUGCAGAUGAGAUUAAACAAUAUCUUGAUUGUCGCUAUGUUUCACCUAGCGAAGCUUGCUGGAGGAUAUUUGCCUUUCCAAUCCAUGGAAGAAAGCCAGCUGUUGAAAGAUUGUUCUAUCAUUUGUCUGGAGAGCAAUCAGUUUAUUUCAAUGAUUAUGAGCAAGUGGAUGAUGUCCUACUAAAGCCUUCUGUUACUGAAUCGAUGUUUACAUCGUGGCUUCAAUGCAACGCUAAAUAUCCUGAAGCACGAUCUCUUACUUACUCAAAAUUUGUGUCCAAGUUUGUUUAUGUUAAAUCUACAAGAACCUGGAAACCAAGGAAAAAAGGAUACACAAUUGGAAGGUUAAUGUGGGUGCCGCCGAGUACAGGUGAAGUCUUCUAUUUGAGGAUGAUGUUAGCAGUUGUCAAGGGACCAACUUCCUAUGAAGAUAUUAAAACUGUCAAUAACAUUUACUACGAUACUUUUAGGGAAGCAUGUUAUGCAAUGGGCUUCUUGGGGGAUGAUAAAGAAUAUAUAGAAGCAAUAAAGGAAAUGAGUGUUUGGGCAACCGGUGUUUUCAUAAGAAUACUAUUUGUAACUCUGCUACUUACCGCGACUAUGGACAGGCCGGUUCAUGUUUGGAAUAACACGUGGAAGUGGUUAAGCGAUGGUGUUCUAUACGAACAAAGACGAGUGGCUAAUAACAGAGAUUUGGAGCUCACCGAUGAUCAAAUUAAGAACUUAACUCUGACAUUAAUUGAAAAGCACAUGGAGAAGAAUAGAAGAUCUUUAAAGGAAUUUAAAGGAUUUCCAUACCCAACAGAUUAUGUGAUGGAAGAGCUUGGUAACAGAUUGAUUUAUGAUGAGCUUAACUAUGAUGAAGAUGCAUUGAAGUUGGAAUUCAAAAGACUAUUCAGUACUGUAACAGAUGAACAAAGAAACAUUUAUCAUAAAAUAAUGUCUGCUGUUAAUGGACAAAAUGGUGGUGUGUUUUUCUUACACGGUUACGGAGGAACAGGCAAAACAUUUAUGUGGACAACUUUAGCUGCUUCAUUGAGGAGUCAGGGUAAAAUUGUUCUAACUGUUGCAACAAGUGGUAUUGCUUCUCUUUUGUUACCUGGAGGGCGAACUGCUCACUCAAAAUUCAAAAUACCUGUGCCUUCAUUUGAAAACUCAACAUGUAACAUUGAUGGUGAUAGCGAUCUUGCAAAACUGUUAAAAGUUACAAACUUGAUCAUAUGGGAUGAGGCACCAAUGGCUCAUAAGUUAUGUUUUGAAGCUUUGGAUAGAACUCUAAAAGACAUUAUGUCCGACACUACGGACGGUGACAAAAUAUUUGGUGGCAAGGUCAUUGUGUUUGGAGGAGACUUUAGGCAAAUUUUACCAGUUGUGCCAAGAGCUGACAGGUCAGACAUUAUAAAUUCAUCAAUAAAUUCUUCAUACAUUUGGGAUGAAUGUAUUGUUCUAACACUAACUAAAAAUAUGCGCCUACGAUCUAAUGUUGGAUCAUCUGAUGCCGAUGAGUUAAAGACUUUCUCCGAAUGGAUACUGAAGGUUGGUGAGGGAAAGAUAUCUGAGCCAAAUGAUGGCAUCGUAGAUUUUGAAAUACCUGAUGACCUGUUAAUUAAGGAGUUUGAUGAUCCAAUUGAGGCUAUUAUGAAAAGUACUUAUCCAAACUUUUUGAAUAUGUACAACAAUCCUGAUUAUCUACAGCAAAGAGCUAUUCUUGCAUCAACCAUAGAUGUGGUUGAUAAAAUAAAUGACUAUGUUCUUUCAAUUAUUCCAGGAGAGGAGAAAGAAUACUUCAGCUCUGAUUCCAUAGACAGGUCAGAAGUUAACGACCAAUGCCAGUCUUUUCAGUUAUUCACUCCAGAAUUCUUAAGUACAUUAAGAACUUCAGGACUUCCAAACCAUAAAAUUAAACUAAAAGUUGGAACUCCUAUAAUGCUAUUGAGAAAUUUAGAUCAAGUAGAGGGAUUAUGCAACGGUACUCGACUAAUUGUUACUAGGAUGGCUAAUCAUGUGAUUGAAGCUAAGAUCAUUUCAGGUAAAAAUGUUGGCAACCUAACAUAUAUACCAAGAAUGUCCAUGUCACCUUCUCAAUCUCCCUGGCCUUUUAAACUUAUCAGAAGACAGUUUCCUAUUAUUGUAUCCUAUGCAAUGACUAUAAAUAAGUCACAAGGCCAGACUCUUGACAGUGUUGGUCUAUAUUUGCCAAGAUCAGUGUUCAGUCAUGGUCAAUUGUACGUUGCAUUCUCCAGGGUCAGGACUAAAGCCGGUCUAAAAAUCUUGAUUCAUGAUCUAGAAAAAAAACCACUUUCCAACACCACAAAUGUGGUUUACAAGGAAGUUUUUGAUAACCUUUACUGAAUUGAUCAACCCUGGUACAUGCUUCAAUUCUUUCUGGCUACUGAUGAACAUGAGCAUAACUUGCAAUUUUCAAUUUUCAUGGGUACACUAUUUGCAGUAAAGAAUGCCUAAUGAUGGGAACACACACCAAGUUCAGCUGCAGCUGCAGAAAUGUGAAUCUGCACAUGACUUGGAAAUUGUUGCUUUUAUAUAGCUUUUUGGACUUACCAAUGAAUUUGUAUUGCUGCAAGUUAUGUUAAUUUUAUAGCUUCCUCAGGAAUUGUCUUUGGUAGAUGUAGCUUUUACAUUUCAACAAACAAUGCUUUUCAAGUUACACUCAAUGAAAUGGCUAAUCAAGUUAAAUGCA